UAGCAAGGCCGAGAAGUCGCCACCAUCUCCUUUGUGACCUUCUGGAGCUGAAGCAGAAAUUUGUUUUUUUUCCUUUUAGUGACAUCGGGCUGGUGCUUCUGAGUGGACACAGCAGGUGUAACUCCAGGAAAUGGCAGACACUGAGGAGCCAUGUCCAGCUGAAGAUGAUUUAUUUAAAGAACCAGUAAAAAAGAGAAGACGGUCAGAUCGAGACCAGCGGCUCCGAGCAUUUCCCUCAGUGGAGCAAAGUGCUCUGAAGGAAUAUGAAAAACUGGAGUCACGGACCAGAAGGGUAUUGAGCAACACUUACCAGAAGCUCAUCCAGUCUGUCUUCCUGGACGACAGCAUUCCUAAUGGAGUCAAGUAUCUUAUAAAUAGGCUUCUUGCUUUAAUUGAAAAGCCAUCGUUGGACCCAAUCUACAUUGGAUUAUUUGGAAGCACUGGAGCAGGGAAGAGCUCCCUCAUCAACGCCAUCAUCCAGCAGGUGAUGUUUCUACCCGUGUCUGGAGAAAGUACAUGUACUUCAUGCCUGGUGCAGGUGCGCUCAGGCUGCUGUGAGCAGUACGAGGCCAAAAUCCACCUUCUCUCUGACCAGGAGUGGAAGGAGGAAUUGAAGAACUUGACUAGACUCCUGCAUGGGACGGAGGAGCUGGGUGGAGAAGAGACUGAUGCAUGGGACAGGGACGACGCCGUGGAGGAAGCCAUCUGGAAGCUACAGGUGGUUUAUGGAAAUGGUGCGGAAAGUAAGAGCUAUGAGCAGCUACUGAAGGUGAAGCCCAAAGGAAAGAUUCCCACCUCCAGAAUCAUCUCCCUCAAGGCAGAAGAGGCAGGAGAGCUGUCGGACAAGCUGGACCCCUACAUCCGGACCCAGAGGAGGGGUUGGGAUGGAGAGUCAGCUGAGGCUGGAAUCUGGCCCUUGAUCAAACAUGUGGAAGUGACUCUUCCGAAAUCCGAGCUGAUCCCAGAAGGGGUCACGCUGGUGGACAUCCCAGGCACAGGCGACUUCAACAGCAAGAGGGACGAGAUGUGGAAAAAGACCAUUGACAAGUGCUCAGCGAUCUGGGUCAUCAGCGAUGUGGAGCGAGUGUGUGGGGGGAAGGCCCAUGAAGACCUUCUGAAUGAGAGCAUCAGAGCCUGCCAGCGGGGUUUCUGCAGGGACGUGGCCCUGGUGGUCACCAAGACUGACAAACUCCACUUGCCAGAAUACCUAAGGGAAAGAAAGGUGGGAAAACAAGCUAUUCAAAGUCAGCGGGAGGCUGUUUUAGAAAGAAACGAAAUGAUAAAACUACAAAGGAAUAGAAGUCUCAAGGAAAAACUGGAGAGAAAGCUGCCGGCUGACUUCAAGCUCCUGGAAGCCUCAGAUCUCGUGUACACAGUCAGCGCCCAGGAGUACUGGCAGCAGGCUCUCCUCACUGAGGAGGAAACUGAAAUCCCCAAGUUAAGAGAGUACAUCAGGAAAAGCGUCUUGGAUAAGAAGAGGAGGAUGGUGGCCCAGUAUGUGACGGAAGCCUUUGGCCUGUUGCUCCUUACAGACAGUUUCAACUCCAUGCAGAGCCUGCCGAGUGAACCCUUGUACAUGAGCGGCCUACGGAGGUUUGUGGAGGAGAAGGUGGCGGUGCUGGACAAGGCCAUCAUGCAAUGUUUUGCCCACAUCGAGUGGCCUCUGCAAGAAGGGGUCCAGGCCGCCAGGACUUCCUACCGACGCAUCCUUGGGGCAUGCUUGGUGAGGAGUAAAGGAAACCAAGGUUUUCACCAGACUCUGAAAGCUGUUUGCCUGAAACAUGGCGUCUACGCCUCCAGAACCCUGGCAAGAAUAGAUUUGAACGAAGCUAUCACUCAGCCCAUCUAUGACCACAUCGAUCCUGUUUUUGGAGGCAUUUUUAGAACUGGGAAGCCCACCAGCUCAGCUCUGAUACCGCACAUAGAUGCUUUUAAGCACUCCCUGCAGGAGAAAAUGACAGAAAUUGGGAUAAGAAAUGGCUGGAAAUACGAUGGUUAUAAAAAACAUUUCCUGAUCCAGGAGAUAAGCGCCAUCCUGGGAGGCCUGGAGGGCCACAUCCUCAGAAGGAAGAGGAGGAUCUACGGGUCCCUCACCACCUCCGUUCAGAAUGACCUGAAGCCCUGUUACGAAGAGGCAGCUCAGAUCACUGGCAAAAAAGCCUGUGAGAGAAUGAAAGACGUCAUCCGAAGAGGGGUUGACCAGCAGGUGGCCGAGGGCAUGUUCGAAAGGGCUCAAGAAAGGAUGUGGCACCAGUUUCAGCAGCUGAAGACGGGGAUCACGGAGAGGGUGAUGGGCAGUAUCACGACCAUGCUGACCCUUGCUUCAUCCCAGGGGGAUGGUCUCUACAAGGAGCUUGCAGACGUCAGGAAUGAGUACAAAGAGAUGGAAAAGCUGCACCGGAGCCUGCGGGAGGUCGCUGAGAACGCGCUGCUGAGGAGAGGUAUGCAAGACUUCCUCCUCAGGACGUGCCCCCGCAAGGUGGGCUCCCCCGAGGCAUAACUUCAGUUAACUUCAGUUCUUGGGGCUUAGUGCCAGUGGGGUGAAAAUGAAGCCCAGAACCAAGAAUUGGAAUUACUCCUGUUUUGUGAAAUCUAAUAAACAAUGUCUCCCUACUAUUGCAGCUUUAUAUAUAACACAAAACCCAAUAUGUUCUUGCUUCUGGCAUAAUUUUAUUUUAUAGCCAAUAAAGUGUCAUCUU